GCAGGAAGAAAAGAAAAAGAAGGAAGGUGCUCAGAAAAAGGCUGCUGAUCAAAAAACCAAAGUGCCAGAGCCUGCGAAGAGCUGCCCAAGCCAGCCCCAGCCCGCCGGCGCCGGCCCUGCCACCAGCACCCCGCCCAGCAGCGGCCAUGGCAAGCGCGCGCCUGCCGGCAGCCAGCCGCCCGCAGCGCCCCGUUACCUGCCCCGCGAGGUGCCUCCGCGCUUCCGCCAGCAAGAACAGAAGCAGCUGCUAAAGAGAGGUCAGCCGUUGCCUGCAGGGGCUCUGACCAGUGCGAGCCCGCCCCAGGGUGCCGGGCCCGCGGGGGUAAGCCCCCCUCCCCUCCCCGGAGCCGGAGCGCAGCAGCACCCCAGCACGCUCCAUCCAGAUCUCAGUCACAGUGGAUUGGCAGAUCACUAUGACAGUUCCCCGUGGGGACAGCAGCCCCCUCACAGAAGUGAAGCCGGCUGCGGCUGGGAUAGAGUGGUCAUAGACAGGACUGACAAGGAGGCGUGGCCUUCCGUCACGGGGGCGGAGACGGGGUCUGCCUCGGAAUGCACUACAGACACUGACUCUGCCUCCAGCUGCGGCUCAGAGAACAGUAGCAUGGCUACAGGGGGCGCCCAGGGCACCUUCACGGGACACACCAAGAAGACAAAUGGCAAUAAUGGCACCAACGGUGCGCUCGUCCAAAGCCCUUCUAAUCACAGUGCCCUUGGAGCGGGGGGUGCGAACGCUAAUGGAAACGCAGCCCGAGUGUGGGGUGUAGCCGCGGGCCCCGGCUCGGGCCCGGCCCACGGCGCGCUCGGCGGUGGGGAUGGAAAGAUGGACAGCGUGAUCGGGGACGGGAGAGGCCAGAAUUGCUGGGCUGCUUCCAACCCCAGUGCCGGCAUCAACCUUAACCUUAACCCUAAUGCCAAUCCAGCUGCCUGGCCUGUACUUGGACACGAAGGAACUGUGGCGACAGGCAGCCCUUCCAGUAUUUGCAGUCCGGCCAGUGCCAUAGGUCAGAGUGCGGGCACCCAGAACGGGAACCCGCCGGGCACGUUAGGUGCUUGGGGAAACUCACUGCCGCCGGAGAGCACAGAACCACAGACAUCCACUGCUCAGAAUGUGUCUUUCAGCGCACAACCUCAGAACCUUAACACUGAUGGACCAAAUAACACUAACCCCAUGAACUCUUCACCAAACCCUGUCAAUGCAAUGCAGACAAACGGACUGCCAAACUGGGGCAUGGCUGUUGGUAUGGGGGCCAUCAUCCCGCCCCACCUGCAAGGCCUUCCUGGUGCUAACGGAUCAUCGGUUUCUCAAGUCGGGGGCAGCGGCGGCGAAGGACUCAACAGCUCGGUGUGGGGCCUGUCCCCGGGUAACCCUGCCACAGGAAGUAGCAACUCUGGGUUCAGCCAGGGGAAUGGAGACACUGUGAACUCGGCGUUGAGUGCUAAGCAAAAUGGAUCGAGCAGCGCCGUGCAGAAGGAAGGAAGUGGAGGAAGCGCCUGGGACUCGGGCCCUCCCGCUGGCCCCGGACUCCUCGCCUGGGGACGGGGCGGCGGCGGCGGCGGCGGCAUGAGUCACAUCCACUCGGGGGCUUGGGGCCACCCCAGCCGAAGCACCCCCAACGGGGUGCACGGGGAAUGGGGAAAGCCCCCAGACCAGCAUUCCAGCGGCGACGGCAGCGGGAAGGCGCCGGCAGGGUGGGACUGUCCGAGCGUCAGCAGCCAGAGCCCUGCCCUGCAGCCCGCCAGCGAGCACGUGAACUCUUGGGCCAAAGCCGCGUCCUCUGGAGCCGCCGCGAGCGAAGGAAGUAGCGACGGUUCUGGCGGUCACAGCGAAGGGGGCGCUGGGAGGGAAGGAGCAGAAGGUCGGAGGCGAGACAAAGGGAUCCUAGACCAAGGGCACAUCCAACUGCCGAGGAACGAUCUUGACCCCAGAGUCCUGUCUAAUGCCGGCUGGGGCCAGACUCCGGUCAAGCAGAACACGGCCUGGGAAUUUGAAGAGUCCCCGAGGUCGGAGCGGAAGAAUGACAAUGGGACAGAGGCCUGGGGCUGUGCGGCUCCUCAGCCUCCACACUCAGGGGCGAAGAGUGAUGGGUCCAUCGGGAGCAGUACAAAUACCUCUUCAGUGUCCGGCUGGGUCAGCUCCCCGCCGGCCGCCGCACCGGCCAGCGCGGGCUGGGGGGACAGCAGCAACAAAGCGCCAAACGGCCCGGGGGUGUGGGGGGACUCGGUAAGCUCCACUGCUGUCACUAAUGCUGCUGCUACCGCCAAGAGCGGCCACGCCUGGAGCGGGACCGGAAGCCAGGAGGACAAGUCGCCCCCCUGGGGGGAGCCUCAGAAGCCCAAAUCUCAGACCUGGGGAGACGGACAGAAAUCCAAUCCGGCCUGGAGCGCAGGAGGGGGAGACUGGGUGGACUCGUCGUCUGUCCUUGGACACUUGGGGGACGGGAAGAAAAAUGGCUCCGGAUGGGAUGCCGACGGUUGUCGGUCAGGGCCUGGUUGGAACGAGGCUGCCAGGUCUGGGACCAGUGGCUGGGGUAAUGGCACAAACGCAAAGGUGAAUCCAGGGACAAACUGGGGAGAGUCUUUAAAACCCGGCCCCCAACAGAACUGGGCCGGCAAACCCCAAGACAGCAAUGUGAGUAACUGGGGAGGAGCCGCUUCCGUUAAACAGACAGGGACCGGGUGGAUCGGGGGUCCGGUCCCUGUCAAACAGAAGGACAGCAGUGAGGCCACGGGCUGGGAGGAGCCUUCUCCGCCAUCCAUUCGACGCAAAAUGGAAAUCGAUGAUGGUACCUCAGCUUGGGGUGACCCGAGCAACUACAAUAAUAAAACUGUAAACAUGUGGGACAGAAACAACCCGGGCGUGCAGAGCAGUGCCACGGCCGCCGCCGCCACCACCCCCACGAGCAGCAGCACGGACGCGGGCGAGACGCCGCCGGCACACCAGGCCGGCGCCCAGCUGAGCCGGUCGCCGCUGCUCGGUCCAGGUACGGCGGGCCCUUCAGUCUCCUCGGGCUGGGGAGAAAUGCCGAACGUCCAUUCGAAGGCCGAGGGCUCUUGGGGAGAGCCGUCCGCCCCCUCCACGCUGGUUGACAACGGCACCGCGGCGUGGGGCAAGCCGCCCAGCAGCGGCAGCGGAUGGGGGGACCAGCCCGCGGAGCCGCCCGUGACCUUCGGGAGAGCCGGCGCCCCCGCUGCCGCCCCGGCCCUGUGCAAACCAGCUUCGAAAUCUAUGCAAGAAGGCUGGGGCAGCAGUGGGGACGACGCGAGCCUCGGCGCCGGUCAGUGGGAAGACGAAGAGGGGGGCGUGUGGAACAGCGCCGCCUCCCAGGAAGGCACCUCCUCCUGCAGCUCCUGGGGCAGCGCCCCCAAAAAAGGACCCCCAAAGGGCAUGAAAACGUCUGGCAAGCAGGACGAGGCCUGGAUCAUGAACCGGCUGAUCAAACAACUCACAGACAUGGGCUUCCCGAGAGAGCCAGCUGAAGAGGCCCUGAAGAGCAACAAUAUGAAUCUUGACCAGGCCAUGAGCGCCCUGCUGGAAAAGAAGGUGGACGUGGACAAGCGUGGCCUGGGAGUGACCGACUACAAUGGAGUGGUCACCAAAGCCCUUGGCUGCCGCCCACCAGUCUCCAAAGACUCUUCCGGGGACCGCCCCGCCUUUCUCGACAAGGACGGCGGCCUAGUGGAAGAGCCCGCGACCUCACCGUUUUUGCCUUCACCAAGCCUGAAGCUCCCCCUUUCUAACAGUGCACUCCCUAAUCAGGCCCUGGGUGGGAUUGCCUCAGGGCUGGGCAUGCAAAACUUGAAUUCUUCUAGACAGAUACCGAGUGGCAAUCUGGGUCUGUUCGGCAGCAGCGGAGCAGCACAAGCCAGGACCAUGCAGCAGCCGCCGCAGCCGCCCGUGCAGCCUCUGAGCUCCUCCCAGCCCAGCCUCCGCGCUCAAGUGCCUCCGUUUCUAUCCCCUCAGGUUCAAGCACAGCUUUUGCAGUUUGCAGCAAAAAACAUUGGUCUCAACCCUGCACUAUUGACCUCGCCGAUCAAUCCUCAGCAUAUGACGAUGUUGAACCAGCUCUAUCAGCUGCAGCUGGCGUACCAGCGUUUACAGAUCCAGCAGCAGAUGCUACAGGCUCAGCGCAAUGUUUCCGGACCCAUGAGGCAACAGGAGCAGCAAGUCGCGCGCACAAUCAGUAACCUGCAGCAGCAGAUCCAGCAGCACCAGCGCCAGCUGGCCCAGGCCCUGCUCGCGAAGCCGCCGCCCCCGCCGCACCUGUCCCUGCACCCCUCUGCAGGCAAAUCGGCCCUGGACAGCUUCCCCCCGCACCCCCAGGCCCCCGGCCUGCCUGACCUGCAGACCAAAGAGCCGCAGUCUUCGCCCAGCACCUUCGCUCCUUACCCCCUCGCCGGACUGAACCCAAACAUGAAUGUCAGCAGCAUGGACAUGACCGGCGGUUUGUCGGUGAAGGACCCGUCUCAGUCCCAGUCCCGCCUCCCUCAGUGGACGCACCCCAACCCGAUGGACAGCCUGCCCGGUGCUGCUCCUCCCCUCGAUCAGAACCCCAGCAAGCACGGUGCUAUCCCUGGAGGCCUGAGCAUCGGGCCUCCAGCCAAGUCCUCCAUCGACGACGCCUAUGCCCGGUACGAUUUAAUCCAGAGCAGCGAGUCACCGGCCAGCCCCCCGGGAGCUGCUCCCCACAGCUGGUCACGUGCCAAACCUGACGGCGAUAAAAUCUCCAACGGCUCCAGCAUCAACUGGCCCCCAGAAUUCCAUCCUGGAGUCCCGUGGAAAGGACUUCAGAAUAUAGACCCUGAGAACGACCCCGACGUCACUCCUGGAAGCGUCCCCACCGGGCCCACCAUCAACACCACCAUACAGGACGUCAACCGCUACCUCCUCAAGAGUGGAGGGUCCUCCCCACCGUCAUCUCAGAGUGCCGCGCUGCCUUCCUCGAGUGCCUGGCCGCUCAGUGCCUCCGGCUACGGUCGCUCCUUCAGCAGCCUCGCGCCCGCGCCCAGCAUUGCAGGUAAACUGUCAGACAUUAAAUCGACGUGGUCCUCUGGCCCUGCCUCCCACACGCAAGCCUCUCUGUCUCACGAACUGUGGAAGGUGCCCAGAAACACUACUGCACCCACGAGGCCGCCUCCAGGGUUAACCAAUCCCAAGCCUUCCUCCACCUGGGGAACCAGCCCCCUCGGCUGGAGCAGCGCCUACUCCUCAGGUUCCGCGUGGAGCACCGACACCUCAGGAAGGACAAGCAGCUGGCUCGUUCUCCGCAACCUCACGCCCCAGAUCGACGGCUCUACCCUGCGGACGCUGUGUUUGCAGCACGGGCCCCUCGUCACAUUCCACCUGAACCUGACUCAAGGCAACGCCGUGGUCCGCUACAGCUCCAAGGAGGAGGCCGCCAAGGCCCAGAAGUCCCUGCACAUGUGCGUCCUGGGGAACACUACCAUCCUGGCCGAGUUUGCCGGCGAAGAAGAGGUGAAUCGUUUCCUAGCCCAAGGCCAGGCGGUGCCACCCACGUCCGGCUGGCAGUCGGGCACCGGGGCCGGCCAGACGCGGCUGGGCGCCUCGGGCGGCUCCCACGGCCUGGUGCGGGGCGACACUGGCCACUGGAGCGCUCCGUGUCUGGCCGGCAAAGGGAGCAGUGACCUGCUGUGGGGCGGGGUCCCCCAGUACUCGAGCAGCCUCUGGGGCCCCCCCAGCAGCGAUGACGGCAGGGUGAUCGGAAGCCCCACCCCGCUGAACACCCUGCUUCCUGGCGACCUCCUCAGUGGGGAGUCCAUCUAGGACCGUGAGGACCCCGUGGGCGCCACCGUCAGCAGCGCUGCGAAGAGAAGGCUGACCCUUUCCAGUCCGGGCGGCGCCGAGGACCGGCUUGGCCCGGAGCAGCCCGGCAGCCCUCGAGUACCUCCGUCCAGUGCUGGGCACGCACGUCCGCCGCGGUCCUUGCGAACUGUCCACGGGGCAGUGCGGGUCGCGCUUGGUCAGUGUCACAUGCUAAUGACAGGAUGUUCCUCAUAGCUUUUUAUUUUGUGUCGUCUUAUGUUCAUGUGGUGUGUCGUCGUUUUGAUUUUUUACGUGUACAAGCUGCUUGGACUGGUUCUGUCAUGAAGGCACUUUUCAGAUCGCGGGCUGGAAAGGGUUAUUCUGGGGGGGGAGGGGGACGAGAAAGCCUAUGUAAAACGAGCCUGUGACGAUUAUGCACAUUACCAGAGGCGCCCGGUAGCCGGGGGGCUGGUGUCCAUCGCUGGGCGCAGAGCGCGGGCCCCCGCGGCCGCCUGCGCCCUGCCCUCCGCUCCCACGGGUCCGCCCAUGCACAUUACCCUUGUUCCAUUACUUUGUCAUGUCAUUUUUUUUAUCCCAAAAAAUAUUUUUUAAAAGUUAAAAAAAAAAAAAAAGACAUAUCGAACAUGCAAAUACUUGAAUCCAGCAGGCCAAGGAGGAGACGUGAGCCGGCCACGUCGACCCCGCGCUCCCAGGCUGCCGCCAGUGCGCAGAGACAGGCUCCGGGAGACCCUUCCGAGGUCACAGCCUGUGUGCGCGUGCGCACCUCUCCGUGUUCGUGUGUAACGUGUGAGGGCCUCACUGUGGGUUUUCCCUUUUAUUCAGUAUAUGCUUUUUUUUGGCGCAUUGGUCAGACGUUUGUUACGAUUAUUAGCUUCUAACUUUGCACUGAGUGUCCCUGCCCUGCCUUUUGCUAAUCCUACAUGUUAAAGAGAAUUCAUAGGACAGGGCCGGUGACAAUUCACGUGUAAAUGUUUACUCAAGGACUCUGUUACUGCGUUUAAAAAUUACAGUGUAUAUCUCUGGAGAAAUAAUAUGUAUACCUACCUUUAGCAGCUUUUUAUUGCGGACUAAUGCAAGAGAGUUAUUACCACAGUAUUGCACCGUGUUUCCAUUUGGAAUAUACAGCGAAAGAGAAAACAGCUGGUGCUGGACCGUGGCCAUAGAUGCCGGUGAGAGCCGCCGGCCCGCAGGGGGCGGGGCCAAGCACUUGGACGUGGGUGGUGACCGCUUUCGGAGGGGCCCGUGCUCAGGGCUCCCACCUGUUUACAGACCCUUUUUUCUCCUUCAGACUUUAAGAUAAAAAAAAAAUAAUAAAAAAUUUUAAAAAGGAAUUUAAAAAAAAAGAAAAAAGAAAAAAAAAGAGACUUCGUGGUAAAGAAACCUAUUUUCCGAAUGCAGAUCCGCUACUUCAGAGCUCUGGGAUUGAAGUGUCGUCGCUUCCCUCCGGCCAUCGUUGUGGACUGUCGAGUGUCCCCUCCGUCCAGGGGACGAGACGUCGUGGUCACUGUCUUGCACAUGUGGAUGCGCGCGCGGGAAAGCCAGGGUUCCCGCGGGGCGGCUCCACGCCAUUUCAUGUAUUUUGUAACCCGACUCCUAGCACUGAAGAUGUUAUUAAAAAACAAACAAAAAAAUAAAAAAUAAAGAAAAAAAAGAAAAAGGAAAAAAAACCACAAAGAAGAAAAAUACCUAAUCUCUAAUGUGUAGCAGUUACAUAUUUACCAAAUAACGGACUCAAAAGAAAUAGAUGUUUGAAGAGUGCUUUAUAUAUUAAAAAUUGCUUUAUGUUUUAAAAA